GCGUUCGAAAAACAUUCAUGUAAAAGCUACUUAACUGGGAAACACGCAUGUCUGUUUCUCCGCUUAAUUUGUGAAGAAGAAGGAGAAGCUAAAAAUAAGAAAAAUGUUAUUGUUUUGGCGAAAAGGUUACCCGGUAAUUUUUAAAACAAAAUUCUAAAACAAAUAAACAGAAAUUAACAGCCAUUUUUACUGGACCAAAUUCUAUUAAAUUGAAUAGAAAGAAUUAUCAAAUCCCUGUAAGUAGGCCGGCUUACUUGCUGUUGCUAAGCCCUUUCAAAAUCUUCCCUAUCAAUUUAUCAUUACUAGGGCAGGAUGAUUGCUGUGCAUUGUGGUGCGGGCCGCUAUAGUUCCAGCCCUACAAAAAGGAAAAGAUAUUUGUCGUUGACUAAGAAAGCAUGUAAGAAAGGCAUAGAUGUACUUAACUGUGGAGGAACAGCGGUAAAAGCCGUUCGUGAAGCUAUUAAAGUUUUAGAAGAUGAUUGUCUGACUAAUUCAGGAUAUGGAUCAAACCUUACAUUAGACGGCAGAGUGGAAGAUGAGGCAUCCAUCAUGAAUGGAUCCAAUCUGGUAUUUGGGGCGUGCGGGGUGGUAAGCCAAGCAAAAAAUCCAAUUUGCUUAGCUUAUGAUAUUUAUCGAAGACAGUUAACACCACAGGCAUUGGGUCUGGCUCCUGUCAGUCUACUCGUAGGAGAUGGCGCUGAUCGACAUGCAAAACAAGCAAAACUUAAAAUUGUGAAGAAUUCAAAGCUUAUCUCUAGAAAAUCUUUAAGACAAUAUAAACAGUACAAAGAUUUAUUGACUGAAACUGUUUCGCCACCAUGCAUAUCAGAAAAUGGGCAAGAGUUCAAUGAGGAUCUUGAACAACAUAAUGAUAAUGAAUUCCGUUUUGAAGUUCUGUUGGAUUCUGACUUAUCGGAUACUGUAGGAGCUGUAUGUUUAGAUGAUAAUGGCGAUACAGCUUCAGGAUGCAGUUCAGGUGGUGUUUUGUUAAAACGCCCUGGGAGACUGGCUCAAAGUGCACAUUAUGGGUCUGGAGUUUGGGCAGAUAGUGAGGAUAAAAGCUCACGCCCAAGUAUGGCCGUUUGUACUACCGGAUCUGGGGAACAGUUAGUUAAAACGCUUUUAGCAAAGACCAUAGCCGAGGAUCUUAUAAAGGAAAAUAAUCAACCUGGUGUAGACUUACAUACUUGUAUGACUGAGAAGUUUAUGAAAUCUAGGUAUUUGAAAAAUGAGUUCUUAACAAAACUAGCCGGAGCUUUGGUGUUAAAGGCGGACAAUAAAAAUGGCGAAGUUUCUCUUAUGUGGACCCACAAUACGUUGGAUAUGGGAAUAGGCUAUAUGAGAAAGGGUGAAAAACCACAUUCUCAAAUCUCUACCUUACCCAAAGGCAGUGAAGAGGGUAAGUCUAUAAACGUGGGAGGAGCAUCGUUUUAUUUUAAUAAUUUGAAUAGAAAUAGCUGCUAAAACUGUAAUUUUCUUUGUUUAGUUUUGAGAAAAUUUGUUAAAUUUUUACGUUUUUAAUAUAUAAUUGUUGAUUCA